AUGGCGAUACGCACCAUGAAGAUGGAUAUAGAAAAGGGGAAAGGUGCACUUGAGAGUAAAGCAACGGGUAGUGCUCUGUCUUUGACAAGCCAUGAACUGUUUGAGGCGGCCAUGAACGACAUACUUAGGCUGAAUAACGCUCCUGCUGGGUUUUGUCGCGGGGAGCCCCUGACCGACAGAGGCAAGCAGAAACAACUGAUUAAGAUGCUGGCGCUUUUGUUCAUCCCCGUCCUUGCUCUCUGGUGCCUCGCUUUGCAGGGGCUGUCAGAUGACGUCACGGAGAAGAACGAGACAGAAGAGACAAUAAAAUUCAUCCGUGACACCAUCGAAAUCGGCCGAGUGGCUCAUCGCAUUCAAAAAGAGCGUGACUUGACCGUGUUUUUUUACACAAAGUUGGGUCCUUCCACCAAGUCCUUCUUGUUAGACGAAUACAGUAAAACUGACCAAUCGCUCAGCGAACUAGGAACGUGGCCUGUGGACUUGGACAGAAACAAACGGAAAGAGUUCGUUUCCAAAGAAGCCUUUCAAGUUUCUCUAGCCGCUCACCGUGUGAGUCUCGGUGCCACAGGACAAUCACUGUACUCGGAACUCGACUAUUAUUCUGCGAUCAUCCAAGUCUUCGUCCGGUGGAUUUUCGACUCGCUUAAGGAAUCAAAGUAUGGGAAAACUUGGAGGUCACUUGUAGCUUACGUCAAAGUCAUCACAGCUCGCGAAGAUAUUGGAUUCGAAAGAGCUUUGGGGUCAAUUUUCUUUGUCAAUGGUUAUUUUACCAGGCCUGAAGAUUACCAUCUUUAUCUCAGCAAAUAUUACACCUCGAAAGUCCUGUUUCGCUCGGCUAGAAAUUUUUCACCUCUUGUUGUUUCUGUUGGUGAAUAUGAUAUCAUUUUUGAGGAAAGAAACCUAUCUAGCUCCAUCGCCAAUGCCAGAAAAGAAAUUAUCUACCAGGGUCAGGAAGGUAUAACUCCGUCGCUGACCAAGGGUCAGUUUUGGUACGACUCUAUGUCCAUCUUGUUAGACUUGCUUUUAGAUCAGCAACAAAAUGUGGCUGCAAGGAUUUCCGAGAUGUUAGACAAUAUUCAAUACAACAAAGUUUCCAAGGUGGCUGUCAGUUCUGUUUUACUUGUGUCAGUCGUGGUUGUGUCACCAUUUGUUUUCAUCGCUAUCCAGUCCCUGACGUCGGACAUCCAGCGAUUUGCGUUGACACUUGUGGACAAGACGAAGGAACUGUCCAGAGAGAAGCGCAAGACGGACUCGCUCAUCUACCAAAUGGUACCCAAGCCUGUGGCGGAAAUCCUCAAGGAGAGCGGCGAAGUUCAAGCGGAAUACUUCAAGGAAGUCACCGUGUUCUUCUCGGCAAUCGUAGGGUUCGCGGAAAUCUCCACGGAGGUUUCUCCCAUGGAGGUCGUAACGCUUCUAAAUAAUCUCUACCGGUUUAUGGACAACGUGCUUGACCGCUACGAUGUGUACAAGGUGGAGACCAUCAACGACACGUACAUGAUAACCUCAGGCUUACCCAAACGGAAUGGAAACCGACAUGCAGAGGAGCUGGCCAACUUAGCGCUGGACCUCAUCCAUUUGAUGACAGAACGGAACGCCGUCUUCUUGUCCAAUGCAACUAUUUCCCUUCGUAUUGGCAUUAACACAGGCUCUGUUGUUGCUGGGGUUGUCGGCUCCAAAAUGCCGCGCUAUUGCCUAUUUGGUGACACUGUCAAUACAGCCUCGAGGCUCGAGUCCAACAGUUUACCAAAUCGGAUUCACAUCAGUUCAUCAACAAGGAAAAUCUUGCGGAAGAAAGGCGGUUACCUUCUUCAGAGUCGUGGUACAGUACAUCUGAAGGGUAAAGGGAAUAUGCUGACCUACUGGCUGACUGGGAAGGGGACGACGACCGACGACGAUGUGCCGGACAUGGCGGAUUCGGAGGAUGUGGAGUUGCCAGGGGAGAUAACUUAUGGCUCCAAGGACGCCAGCAAGAUCAUCAUCAUCAAGCCAGACUCCGUCAACCGAAGUGUUAACAUAGACCCGGAAAAAUCCCUUCAGCAAAUGGCGGAGCACCAGGACGCAGAUGGCACAGUGCUACAACCUCGAGAAGGCAUUCACUAUUGA